UCAAGAAAUAUGGGCUGCAGCUGUUUUAAGCAUGCACCGUCGCCCUAUCCAACGGUGCCCGUGGAGUUCAUGGAAACGCUCAAAACGCAAACCAGCCUUAGUCGCAGCCAGAUUCAAUAUCUCUACAAUCGCUUCUGCCAGUUUGGGAGCGAAGCUGACAGUCUGCCUCCGCGUCAUUUGCACAAAUACAACUUCUAUUCGGGCCGAUUGCAGCUGAACCCCCUGCUGCCCACCAUACUCAACUGCAUGUUUGGGGAGAGGAGUGUCAUUUCUUUCGUGGACUUUGCCUUGUUCUUGAGCACAUUUCAGGCACACAGCCUUAAGACCACGGAGGAGCAAAAAGUUGAGAUUAAAAAUCACAAGCUACGCUUGCUCUUCAACAUGUACGAUCAUACGAAGGAUGGACGCAUUACUAAAGUCGAUCUGGUGAUGAUUGUCCACAAACUAUUCUCCAAUCUACUGGACCAUCGGCAGAUUAUGAAUAUUGUGGACUCGAUGAUGAGCGAAAUGGAUACUUCGGAUACCAAUCAAAUACUAUUCAAUGACUUCUGCCAAGCCUUUGAGGUGUUCGACAUGACCGAAAUGCUAGUCAUGUGGAUUCCGGAGUUCAAAGGCAGAUUGUCUGACCCCACCGAUACGCCAGAUAAUUGAACACACCUAACGCCUUUUUUAUG